AUGGCUCGGACACUACUGAUCUAUGUUGCCUUUUUCCUUUUCAUAAGCUUGGUCCACUCUGUAAGCCCUCCACCGUUUUCUAAGACACUGGCUCCCACACCAUCUCCGUCCAUUGGCAGUAGAAUUGGGGGCGGAGGAGGAGGAGAGGGUGGUGGCGGUGGACAGAGAAGGGAAAGACAGAGAGAGAACGUGAGAGUGUUUGUUUUUCUUGAGAGAAAGAGACAGCAGAGAGCGGCGUGA